AGCCCCACACUCCUCCCUCUAGCAUGGCGGCUGCCUGAUCCGUCCUGCUCGCUGCACACACACACGCGGGCGCGAUGCACUCGGACGAGGUCGUCUGGGACACUCUUGGAAACAAGCAGUUCUGCUCGUACAAAAUCAAGACAAAGACCCAGAAUUUUUGCCGCAAUGAGUAUAACUUGACGGGUCUGUGCAACCGGUCAUCCUGUCCUUUAGCAAACAGCCAGUAUGCUACCAUCAAAGAAGAGAAGGGUCAAUGUUACCUGUAUAUGAAGACCAUUGAGCGGGCAGCCUUCCCCAAUCGGCUCUGGGAACGGGUCCGGCUGAGCAGAAACUAUGAAAAAGCUUUGGAGGAGAUAGACGAGAACCUCGUCUACUGGCCGCGCUUCAUCCGGCACAAAUGCAAACAGCGCUUCACUAAGAUCACGCAAUACCUGAUCCGCAUCCGGAAGCUGACACUCAAGCGACAGCGGAAGCUUGUUCCUUUAAGCAAAAAGGUUGAAAGGAGAGAGAAAAGGAGAGAGGAAAAAGCCCUGAUUGCUGCCCAGCUGGAUAAUGCCAUUGAGAAGGAAUUACUGGAACGACUGAAGCAGGAAACAUAUGGGGAUAUCUACAACUUCCCCAUUCAUGCUUUCGACAAGGCUCUGGAGCAGCAGGAUGCAGAGAGUGAGACAGACUCAGAUGUGGAGAAGGAAGAGGAGGAGGAAGAUGAGCCUUCCUUGCUUUUUUUGUUAGAGGGCUAUGCAGUAAAUCACAGUUGGAUUCAUAAUUUGGUUUGUAGAGCAGACCCAGAGCCCUCUGCAGAAUCCAUUGUUGCAUAGAGGUCUGGUUGCCUACUAAUUUUCAAACUUCUAAAUGAUUUUGGACAUCAGUACCUGCAAGAUUUAGGCCCACCAAGUCAGGUCGAGAGCUACUGGCCACUUUUGCAGAAGGUGACACAAUGCAUGUCACUGCUGAAGACUGAAUGUAACUUGCUGCCUAGCAAAGGCUUGAGGUGAAUAUAUUGCUAAUUGCUACAGGUGCAUGGCUGUUAGUUUGUUGUUCGUAGUCUCUCUAUGUAGGAAAUGAGCCACAGUGCCAUGAGCUCUUCUGUAAAGAUCAAUCCAGGCCUAUCCAUUGCUGGGCCUAAGCCCUUAAGCAAUGACGUCCUAGAG